CCGGAGGAGGCGUUGGCAGCCGGCAGGGACCCACGCGGCGCCGCGGCCCGCCCGGCCUGCAGCGCUCCCACCCCUGGAGGCGACGGCACGAUGCCCUUUGACUUCAGGAGAUUUGCACCCCUCUCUAGAUGGGAGCACGGAACCAUCGCCUUCCUCUCUUCUACAGAGCCUCCUUUGGUGGACCCCAACCCAGAUGACAGGUUUGACAUCUACAGGAAGGUGCCCAAGGACCUUACGCAGCCGACGUACACCGGGGCCAUCAUUUCUGUCUGCUGCUGCCUCUUCAUCCUCUUCCUCUUCCUUUCGGAGCUCACCGGAUUCAUAACGACAGAAGUCGUGAACGAACUCUACGUCGAUGACCCGGACAAGGACAGCGGGGGCAAAAUUGACGUCAGCCUGAACAUCAGUUUACCCAAUUUGCACUGCGAAUUGGUCGGGCUCGACAUCCAGGAUGAGAUGGGCCGGCACGAAGUGGGGCACAUCGACAACUCCAUGAAGAUCCCGCUGAACAAUGGGGUGGGCUGCCGCUUCGAGGGGCAGUUCAGUAUCAACAAGGUCCCAGGCAACUUUCACGUGUCCACACACAGUGCCACGGCCCAGCCACAGAACCCGGACAUGACCCAUGUCAUCCACAAGCUCUCCUUUGGGGACACACUACAGGUCCAGAAUGUCCAUGGAGCUUUCAAUGCUCUCGGGGGAGCAGACAGACUCACCUCCAACCCCCUCGCCUCCCACGACUACAUCUUGAAGAUUGUGCCCACGGUUUACGAGGACAAGAGUGGCAAGCAGCGGUACUCUUACCAGUACACAGUCGCCAACAAGGAGUAUGUCGCCUACAGCCACACCGGUCGCAUCAUCCCCGCCAUCUGGUUCCGAUACGACCUCAGCCCCAUCACGGUGAAGUACACAGAGAGACGGCAGCCUCUAUACAGGUUCAUCACCACGAUUUGUGCCAUCAUUGGCGGGACCUUCACCGUUGCUGGCAUACUGGACUCGUGUAUCUUCACAGCCUCAGAGGCCUGGAAGAAGAUUCAGCUGGGCAAGAUGCAUUGACGACCUGCACAGCCCAACGGCCAAGGACCCAGAGAGACCGCCAGCGCUGCCUCCAACGCCUGUCUGGCCCAGGAUCUGGCUGUGUCCCAAAGUGGGGGAGGGGAGGCAGGGGGUGGCUCGUGGUUUCGCAGCUACCUCUUUUCCCCACGUUUAAUUUUGGAGGAAUUACACUGCCUGAAGACCAGAAUCAGGCGAGGGGUGCUCGGGGAUGUUGGGGACCACUCCUAGAAGAGCUAUAGUCCCUUCUGUCUUAGGGGAACAGCCCAGAAUCCACGUCUACCAGCUCUCAGCCAGGCUUUGACAAUCUCAUGGCCUCUACCAUUUGGACUCACUAAUCACUUGGUUCCCCCGCCCUGGGCAGCCAACCUGCAAACCUCGACCGUCAGCUCUGGACCAGGCUGCCCAAAGGUACCCCCCACCUGGCGCCUUCAACGAAGGAUGGUACUUCCCAGGCAAGCCCCUGAGAUGAGGCGCUGUAGCUGGAACCCUCGCUUCUGCCCCAUGCCUUUCUGCCUGACCAAAAGCCCAGGCCUUGAGAGCCUCUCCCCCACACCUUUCUUUUUCUCCCAAGAAGCAGAUGCCCAGUUGUUAGGCAGCAGUGCUGGAGACUCAAGUCUCCCAUUGGUCACUGGGCAGGUGGUGGGUUCCCGUUCCUCUCUUCACCUUGAUCCUCUGAACCCCCCACCAAUGUGCCUCAGCCCCCAUGCUGUAUAACAACAGCAUCUCUUGAUGGAGGGGCUGGUUGUGACUGGGAAGUCAUCCUUUGAGAACCAGCCACAGUUUGUGCACUUAUAUCCAGAUGCAAAGCAUUUUUCUGUGCAACCCUAAAAUAAUCAUGUCUUGGCCUCUCCCGGCCAGCGGCCACCCGUCCCAAGGUAGGAAAGCAAAGCAGGCCCGCCCUCCUCCCAUCUGGAUAUCUACCUUCUGGGCUCCCAAGGGGGGCGCAGUGCAUGGCUCCCUCUGCAGCCCACUUGUGGCCCACUUGCCACUGAGCUCCCCUGUCGGCUGGCCACACACCAGCACGUUCCUGGGGUGGCUCCAUUGUCCCCCCACUUGUUCCUAAGGUGGGACCCUACCCCACUGCUCCCCCACCCGUUCCCCUUUGUUCCGGAAAGGGAGAGGCAACGGUCCACGGUCCACGCAGAACUUUCACCCAGGGAAUUUCAGGUAUGCCCUGGUGCCCCAGGGACAGGGCCACCCACCUGCUUUCCAUUUAUAUCAAGAUUGUUUGCAUACUUUUGUAAUUAAGGGGAGCGUCCAGUGGAAGUAGUUUUAACUUAUCUAUAUUAAUAGCUCAUGUCUCUGCCAUUUGUAAUUUUUGGCCCUGGAUUCCAAGUGGAAGAGAAGCCCAGCUUGCAUAUGAGUUGACUGAAGUCCAUUUGGUUAUUUCUGGUAUCGGUGGCCACUUAGAUGGAUUGUUUUUAUGUUCUGUUCCCCAGUUACAGAAAGGAGUCCCUUUGGUGUGUGACUACGUGGGCCUGUAAGGGGUGUGGGCGGGGCAGGGAAGUGUGUGGUGUAUCCAGGAGUUGAAAUUCCACUUUUUGCAUUUAAAAAAAACCAAAAACUUAGGGGAUGUCAGUUUCCUAUGGAAGAUACACCUCUGACCCGUUAUUCUCAUAAACAAAAUCUUAAGGGAAAAAAAUGUUUUCGUUCUUUUCCCCCCCCCUCAUUGGGUUCAAAUAGAUUAAAUGGCUGAUUUUCAGAAAUA